CCAUCCACGACCCGAAUCAAAUUAGUCCCAUAACCAAACAGCCCAAACUCCGGUGCCCGCCGCGGAAGGAGAGGUAGACAAAAACGGUCAUCUGCACCGCCGUGUGGACAGCGAGGAACAAACAGUUGGUGUGUCUGGACUUUGGAUCUACUCUCUCAACUGCCAUCAUGGCCCUACAAGCCUUCUAUAACUAAGGAUGUAAGUAAAAUGUCUUAUGAUGCCUAUAUCCGCAAUAUAUAUAUAUGUGUGUGUGUGUGUGUGUUCAUGAAUGGGCAUGAAUUCACAUUUAUCUGCAUCUUUAAUGCCUAAUCCUCGGGGGGUCUGAACUGAUUAUGUGAAAGCUCCAUAGUCUUAAGAGACUCGAACUAAACCAAUUAAGGCAGUCUCCACAUUAUGUGUAUGCUCAUAACUAUGUUCCACACACACACACAUCUAUAAAUCAAUUUGUAUGUAUAUAUGCAUACACCUGUUCUUGUUGAUGUUUUUUUUAAUCUUUUGGCAUAGAGAUACCUUGACGCAUAACUCAAAUCUGAUUUCACAUCAUUUGCUUUUCCUCAAUAAUGAUUGUCGGAUCAUUCAUCUUUUGUUUUCUCCCAUUUGAAUACACACACACACACACACUCUUUUUCUCUAGAAUGAUGCCUUUAGUUUCUUCCUAGAAGCAUUGAAAGAGUGAGUGCAAAAUAGCACAUGUUGUAGGAAAUAGUGGCCUUGGGACGAAGGCUUUGCAUUAAAACAAGUUAAAGCUGAAAUAAAGAUGAUUGGGGAUUGAAAAGAAGAUAUCUUGUUUUUUUUCUUGUGGGAAAAAACUAGUAGAAAGGCAUAAAUCUAAGAAUUGAAUGGAACAAUAUUUUUCCCAUUUAGCAUUUCAUUAUACAUGCAUAUACUUACUUUUAUAUCUUGUAUAAUUGCUCUUAUCAAAAUUAUAUUUAUAUUUCUACGUACGUGGGAGAUUAAUCUUAUUGAAGAUUCCUAGGUCAAGGUGAAUAAGAAUAGUGGUGUAUAUUUCUCUUCUUUUCAUGUAGUGGGCAUGCUAUGGAAGUGUAAUACUAAAGACUCGUUGCAUCACUAUAUGCUAUAAUCUCAUGAAGCAUCCAUUAUUAGAAUACUUUUGUUUUUGUGGUUUUAAUAUUAUUUUAGUCUUUAGAUUAUGCACCGCUGAUUAGAUAGCACAUCGAUGUGCCUCGUUUUACCAAAAGAUUCAUUGGGGGCGGCAUGUAAUCAGGUAUUAGUGCGGCCGUAGAACGAGGUCGGGUCUGACUGUACCGAUUAUCUGUUUGACGAGUUCAAAUUCGGGUUUAUGGGUACCAACUGAAUAAGAUGUAAGUAUCUGAAUCGGCAUAAGUUGCCUCCUCUUCCCUUCGCAGCUUCGCCCUUUUCCUGUGGUCUCGUCUUCCCUUUUCUCACAUCACACCUCAUUGGAUUUGAGGUCAGAUUUUGAGUUUUAAAACCCAAAAAAUCGAAUUCGGGAUUGAGUAUUUUAAAAUCUCGGAUACCCGUCCUGACCUGUGUUUGCCAUGAAUCUAAAUUUUCACACCAAAAAAAUAGUGUGUGUGUUGCACAUGUUUGUUUAUUUUCCAUUUUCUCAAUUUUGUUGCUCACAUGUGACCAGCUUGCCUGACUGUGAACUGGACUUGGAAAACUGUUGUCUGAAAAAAAAAAAGUGUUUGGGAACAUGGGUUAGCCAUAGGUUUAAGUGUUGAAAAAGGGGAGUACAUUAUAAACCAAGAUAUUGUACCAAAUGUUCUUUUAUGAGGUUAUAUAUAUAUAUAUAAAAUCAAGAUUUGUAUCUUUAAUACUAUAAUCAGUGUGUAAACUUUGCAUAAAAGAGAGAGACCCACUCAGCAGCAGUACCACCACCGUUGCAUGUUUUGUCAAGUUUGAGAGGGAAUAGGGGCAAAGCUGAGUUGCCUUUGGGUUUUGGUACUGCUGCAACCCUUCUUUGUCAUCACAUGCAUUCCACUUUGCACUACAAAAUUAAAUUUGGACCCUCAAACCCCCCCCAAAAGAAAUUUUGCCUUUCCUACAAGAAAAGCAUACUUCCUCCUCCUCCAUAUACACUUCAACUCACACCUUACCUCUCUCUCUCUCCCACCACUUCCUCAGCUAAGCCCUUCAUCUAUGCAUUCUUUGCUCUUUAACUUCUCACAAAUCGGUUUAGAAUCAAAUCUAGUGAAGCCAAGGCUCUUGAAUUUUUCACUUUAGUGUCCCCCCGUCUUCUCCGUACCUUACUUUGCCCUUCUUGUCACAAAGUCUUAGAGCUAUAUAUAUACACACACAUAUAUUUUGAUUAGUAUGAGAUCAGGAGGAUGUACGGUGCAGCAAGCCCUAACGGCAGAGGCGGAAAGCGUGGUGAAACAAGCCAUGGCCUUGGCACGGUGCCGAGGUCAUGCUCAGGUCACUCCUCUACAUGUUGCUAACACCAUGCUAUCUUCCUCCACCGGCCUUCUUAGAACGGCUUGUCUCCAGCCACACACCCACCCGCUUCAGUCCAGAGCUCUCCAGCUCUGCUUCAACGUCGCUCUCAACCGUCUCCCGACAUCACCCUCGGCAAGCCCCAUGCUGGGGGCUCCGAUAUCAUCGUCCUACCCUUCCAUAUCUAACGCUUUGGUCGCUGUUUUUAAGCGUGCUCAGGCUCACCAACGGCGUGGAUCCAUCGAGAGCCAGCAGCAGCAGCCGAUCUUGGCCGUUAAGAUCGAAUUGGAACAGCUGAUAAUUUCCAUUCUUGACGAUCCUAGUGUCAGUAGAGUGAUGAGAGAGGCUGGUUUCUCGAGUACCCAUGUGAAAAGCAAGGUCGAGCAAGCUGUUUCUUUGGAGACAACCUCUUCAGUUAAACCUAAAGAAGGAACCGACAACAACGCUGUCCCUCUCUCUCAGGCCGGAGCUAACAAGUUAUCAACGCCGAUCCGGAAUGAAGAUGUCAUGUACGUCGUAGAAAACCUGGUGGACAAAAGGAGGAGGAACUUUGUGAUCGUGGGUGAGUGUCUGACAACAAUUGAUAGAGUUGUGAGAGCACUGGUGGAGAAAAUAGACAGAAGGGACGUCCCCGAAGUGUUGAAAGGCGUAAAGUUUAUAACUUUAUCCUUCUCCUCGUCCGGACAACCUAGUAGGGCAGAGGUCGAACAGAAGCUAGAAGAGCUUGAAAUGCUCGUGAGAAGCUACGGGGGGAAAGGGUUGAUUCUAAAUCUUGGUGAUCUUAAUUGGAUAGUGGAAUAUAGAGCGAGAAGUUCGAGUUAUCGACUGGGAAGAGGUUACGAUCAUUGUCCGGCGGAGCAUAUGAUAAUGGAGAUUGGAAAACUGGGUCGUGGAUUAAUGAUGGGAGAUAAUAAUAAUAAUAAUGGAAGGUUUCGGAUUAUGGGAAUGGCGACUACUGAGACAUACGUGCGAUGCAAGUUAGGUCAUCCUUCGCUCGAGUCACUUUGGAGCCUCACGACGAUCACUAUUCCAGCCAGUAGCCUCCGCUUGAGUCUUGUCUCUCACAGUGAGGUGGAAAACGAAAGUGUAAGGAUCAAGACAACAGAGAGAGAAGACGAAAGGUUACAAUGCAGCGGCGGUGGUGAUGCGAGGACGGCUCCUCUACUACCGGCGUGGCUUCAACAGUACAAGAACGAGACUGAACAAUCUCAUCACCACGACCACGACACUGAUCCUGAUUCUAUAAAAGAACUUCGCGUGAAAUGGAACUCAGUCUGCAAAUCAAUCCACAAGAAAUCUGGAAACUCCCUUACGCUGUCUUCUGUUUCUCGUUCUUCUUCCUUCUCUCACGAGUUGACGAAUCUGCAUCGAAGCAACAGCGACUGGUUGUCGAUCGAAUCUAACAGGUAUUGUCAAGUCCCUACAGAACCCAACUUUAGAGUCCUUAUCCCAGAAUCUGACAACGAUCACGUAAAAGGGGAGCUUUUUCCUACAAACCCUAAUUCCGCAGUGAACUCUGCGGGUUCAUCAAGUGAUGCAAUGGAGAUGGAAUAUGUCUCCAAGUUGAAGGAAGUGAAUUCUGAGAAUGUAAGAGUUCUUUGUGAUGCCUUGGAGAAGAAGGUACCAUGGCAGAAGGAUAUAGUCCCUGAGAUAGCGAGAACGGUCUUGAAAUGCAGGUCAGGAUCGACUAAUAGGAAGCAACUUAGCGACAAAAAUGAUGAUGUCAAGGAAGAAACAUGGUUGAUUUUCGAAGGAGGUGACGUCAAAGCCAAAGAAAAGAUCGCUAGAGAGCUGGCGAAACUCGUCUUCGGGUCACAGAACCGAUUUGUUUCCAUUUGCUUGAGCAGUUUGUCAUCAACAAGAGCUGAUUCAACAAAAGCAUAUCUAAGGAACAAGAGAACGAGGGAUGAACGGAGUUGGAGCCACAUCGAGACACUCUCGGAAGCUGUAUCGAAUGAUCCGCACAGAGUGUUCUUUCUCGAAGAUAUCGAUCAAACUGAUCACUUUUCUCAAAUGGGUUUCAAAAGGGCCAUUGAAAGAGGACGCGUUCAGAAUGCAAGUGGAGAGGAAGCUUCACUCGGAGAUUCGGUUGUGAUCCUGAGCUGUGAAAGCUUCAGAUCGAGAACAAGAACGAGUUCGCCUCGGAAAUCAGACGGUUCAGAUCAUUCCGAGGAUAAAAACGUGACGACAGCGAGUCCUUGUGUGUCAUUUGAUCUGAAUCUUUCUCUUGAAGAUGACGUUUCUAAAGAACAACCCAUCGACGAUAUUGGAUUACUUGAAGCUGUGGACGGGAUGUUUCAUUUCAGAAAUCAUCAUCAUCAUCAUAAUGAUCAUCAUGGUGAUGCAUGAACAUGAAGAAGAAAAUGAUUGAUCCCAUGAACCAUCAUAACGCUUCUUGACUGAGGGGUGUAAAAUUCUCAUAUGUAUAUGAUGAAAUAUAUCAGCUUCAUUAAAUUCCAUGUUGAAUCAUAUGUCUUGCAUGAA